CCUCCACGUGUCCAAACUCUCUCGCGUCGUCGAGUUAUCCGUUAACCCUAAUCUCUCUCCUCUCUUUUUCUCUCUCUUCUCUGCAACUCCAUUGAAGAAGAGAAGAGAACACAAAUCAAAUCAAAUCAAUUUUAAUUCUUUAUUUUUCAAGAAAUUUGAUUCUUUUCUAUACAUAUAUAGUAAAUGGGAAAGCUUAUAUGUGAUUCGACGACGUCGUCACCGGUGAUUCCGUGGAGAGAUCCAACAUCAGCUCCGACACUGGACAGCAUCGAGACCGUUGAUCUAGCUGACCACAAUACAAUCAACGCCUGGGAAAACGUGACCGGCUUGGAGGACCAGCAAAGGCGUCAUUUGCAGAGGCUUCACGCCAAGGGAGUGCUGUGGAAGCAUCCAGGGGAUGGUGACUCUGACUCCUCCGUCGUCGCGGAGGGGGUGGUGUUCCGGCUGACGCACGGCGGAGACGUGGAGGCGGACGGGAACUGUCUCUUCACGGCGUCGCAGAAGGCGAUGGGAUCGGCGGCGGCAGGCGCCAGAGAUCUGCGGCGUAGGACGGUGAGGAGGUUCUUGGAGGAUCUUGGAUCUGUGAGCGGAUUGGAGAGAGAUGUGAUUGAGGAUGCUAUAAAGCAUAUGUACUCGCCUGAUCUAAGGUCUGGUUGGGGGAUUCAUGUAGUUCAGGAGAUCAAGCUUUUGGCCAAGAAAGAAGGUCGAGAGGCGUUGGAUUCAGCUAUCGACGAGCUUGUUCAGCUGGGUAUGCAAAGAGAGUUGGCUGCGGAGUCAAUUUACAAAGAGAGGUGUACUGCUGUGGAUGAUGGGCCGAGUUGGGCCAAGUACAUGUCAAUCUCUGGGUCUCCUGGUGAUGAAUAUGAUAUCAUCACUUUGCAAUAUACUGAGGAGGGUUUAUUAACUGUAGAUGAGAACAGAGAAGGCCAUGCUGCUGCUUUUGGAGAUGAUAUAGCGAUAGAAUGUCUUGCAACUGAGUUUAAAAGAGAGAUAUAUGUGGUGCAAGCUCACGGAUCAGAUGCAAUGGUGGAUGAAGAAAAUUGUGUUUUUUUCCUUCCACAUCGACCAAGGAGUGAAAUUUGUGAACCUCCCUUCUUCCUCUUCAUGAAAGGAACAGGUUGGUGUGGGGCUGGAGCUGACCACUAUGAGCCCCUUAUUGCUCAUCCUUCCUCACUUGUGUCCCCGGAGAAAGUUGCUCUGGUACUCUGAGGUCUUACUCAUGCAGUUUUGUGGCGUAGAGGUUAAAUAGAAGUAGUCGUUCAAUUUUCCCCCCAUUAUUUGGCAUGCAAAGUUGUUCUCCACAUACUUUUCUAGAAAACAUGGAGAAUUUUCGUGCUUAGAAUUGAUUUUUCUUUCAUCAGUAUUGGACUCGGUCACUUUUUCCUUACAGCUGGCAGGUUUUGUGCCUAUGCCUGAGCAGUUCUGUAGUAUCAUAGUUGUAGUGGUUUUGCCGGCUUCUAUAUUUGUUGUUGUUGAGUUUUCUUGAGGAUCCUUGUAUCAUCUUGGUACUAUUGUUGUUCAAGGUUGAAUAGUACCCUCUUUUCUUUUUUUUUUUUUUUUGUAUCUGAUUCUGGAUUUCAUUUAUUUAAUGAUAGAAGUGACUUUUUCA